AUGGCAAUCGUCCAGGAAUACCAGGACCCUUCGUCUCUCAACCAAACCCCCACCCUCACCCUCUCUGAGAAAAUUCAACGCGAGUCAGAAGCCAACGGCAUCACCCGCCCAAAAGGCUACAGAGUCUCAUGGCACUAUAACCCAUCAGUAGAGAACCAUCACUUUGGUCAAACCCAUCCAAUGAAGCCGUGGCGUCUCACCUUGACGAAGUCGCUCGUCCUCUCCUAUGGAAUGCACACGGCCAUGGACUGUUACGUUUCCCGCCCGGCCACCAGAGAAGAAAUCGCCGCAUUCCAUAAGGACGAAUACGUCGACUUUCUCAGCGUUGCCACUCCACAAAACAUCUAUGAAAUGUACCCUGAACUCGCCACGGGUCCUCAAGGGUUCUCUUCCCAUAUCUUCGGCGUCGGAGAUGACUGCCCUAUUUUCGACGGACUCUACGCAUUCUGCUCGAACUACGCCGGUGCCUCGAUCGACGCAGCUCGCAAGCUUUGCAACAAACAAUCCGACAUCGCCAUUAACUGGUCUGGCGGAUUGCAUCACGCAAAAAAGGCAGAAGCAAGCGGAUUCUGUUACGUCAAUGACAUUGUACUUGCCGUUCUCCAGCUGCUCCGGCACCACCCGCGCGUCCUGUACGUCGACAUUGACGUACACCACGGGGAUGGUGUAGAACAGGCAUUCUGGUCCACUGACCGUGUCAUGUGUGUCUCCUUCCACAAAUACGACAAGGAGGUUUUUUUCCCGGGAACGGGUCCGCUCGAAUCCACGGGACCGAUCCACCCGGACAACCCAGGGAAAAACUAUACCAUUAACGUCCCCCUCAGCGACGGCAUCGACGACGAAACAUACGACUACCUCUUCCGCAGCGUCGUAGAACCCACCAUUAAAACCUACCACCCCACAGCUAUUGUGCUUCAGUGCGGCGCCGAUUCUCUCGGUCAUGACCGUCUUGGGUGUUUCAAUCUGAACAUCCGCGGCCAUGGCAAUUGUGUUUCGUUCGUGAAGUCCUUCCAAAUCCCUUUAUUGGUUGUGGGAGGUGGAGGCUAUACACCGCGCAACGUCGCGAGGGCGUGGGCGCACGAGACGUCAAUCUGUAUCGGCGCAGAUCGCACUCUCAACCCGCAGUUACCGGAGUACAUGCCACACCGUGAAGCUUUUCGGAAAGAAGGCUUUACUCUUUUCCCAAACCUUGGUGGCUGGCGAAGAGAGAACACGAACUCAAAGCAGGACGUUGAAAAGAUUAUACGACACGUGAGGGACCAACUGGCCGAAAUCCGGACUGCUCCGAGUGUGCAGAUGAAAUACAUCCCGCCGGACAUCACAGGGUGGAGGGAGGAGAUUGAAGAAGAUUUGAAGGCCAAGAAGAUUGAGAAGGAGGAGAAGGCCGAGGAAAAGGACGGAGCUGGAGGGCCGUUGGCCAAGGCAAGCAGGAGGAGGGAGUUGGAGAGAACAGGCGGGAGCUCGGCGCUGGCCAGCGGCGCAGCGAGCGUCAGGAUGGCUGAAGGGUCCUAG